UGCAUACAAACAAAUUGCCACGCACAAGGAGUGAUGGAGGGCUACUGAUCAACCUGUGUUUUCCUGAGAUUUCAAGUGUUUUCCCUGUACUUGUUCCCAUUUGAACAUCAUUUGGCUCUAAUGGAAUGACUCUAGCGAGGAGUGAGAGAGAGUGGACCAUUCUAGUAAACGAAUUUAACAUUUGUAAGAAGAAGUUGAAUAGUAAAAGGGAGGCUUUAAAGAUCCUAACAAGUGACUUAGAACUUUGUCAGAGGGAAAGGGACAUUUACAAAACAAAGAUCAAGCAACUGCUCAAAGAGGUUGAGGAUUACAAACGCAAGGAGAAAGAGGAGCAAGCUCAGAAAUCGAAUCAGUCAACACCAGUCAAGAAAAGACUGUCUUUCUCUGGUCAAAGUGUUUGGGAGCAAGAACUUAGACAUGUGCGAGAAAGAAAACAGAAGACUCUAUCUCAGCUGUUGUGUGAAUCACGUGGAGAGAAUAAAGCUCUGAGGAAGGAUUUUGCAGAUUUGCGUCAACUUUACAAUGAUGCACAGGAAGACAUCCAGCUCCUGCGGGAAACUCUAGCUAACCAAAGAAAGUCCAAUAACAAUAUCAAGGAUUGCAAAGAUGGGAUGGAUCCACGCCAGGAUCUCAUUUGUCAACUGGAGAAGAGUCAAGAAAAGAUAAUGGAACUGGAAAGAGACAAACUUGCUACCAGUGAUGAGAAAGCUGAAGUUGCAACAGAGCGAGAUCAUUUUAAGGACAAGUCAGAGAGGCUCAAUACACAACUGAACUUUAUCCUUGGUGCUGAUGACAGACGACUGGUUGACAUUGACUCAGUUCUCAUGGAAAACAGGUAUUUAAAGGAACAAAUAAAGCAGCUGAAGGAAGAGAAAAACAUGGCUGUGUCUGCUUUGAACAGAUACAAGAACACUUUUGAAAAGCGAAAGAACAAGAUAAUGCAGGCCCAGAUCCAAGGGUCCUACACAAACACAGCCAAACAUGCUGUGCCUUCACUCCUCUCUGAUCUUGUGGGACAUCUCAGCUCUAGUACAUCAGUAUCCACAGUAGCAGACUUGCAGUUUUUGGCCAACUCUUUAUCUGAGACACUUUCUGAAAAGGACACUGCCUUGCAACACCUCAGAAGUGCUAACAAGAUUUUAGGCCACAGAGUCGCAGAACUUGAAAAGAAACUCAAGACGCUGGAGGUGUCAGGACUGUGGUCGUUACAAGGUCACCGAGGAUAUGGCUCAACAGAAGCAGAUAAGCUCAGCUGUAGUAGAAUUCAGUCGCUAAUCCCUGACGAAGAACGUCGUUCAAAUGGUCACAACAAUCAACAUGAUGACCUGGAGGACGCCGGGAAGGUGAGCGAGCCGGACUCCCCUUCAUCCCCAAGAUGGGAUCCCCGGCCACGGAGUCCAAUUCUGGAUUUACGCCCUUUUCAAAGUGACGUCGAAGAGGGGAUGCUAGUUAAUGUGGCAGGGAGUCCUGGUGACGGGCUGGAAGGAAUAGACUAUUUAGAGUUUGUCGAGGAAGAAGACGAUGAUGGUAAUGAGGAAGUAGAAGAUUUUCAACCUGAGGAACUCUCUUGCGAGGAACUGCCAGAAUCUGAACAGCAUGAAGAUAAAGGUUGUAGAGAAGAUGAGCUGAGGGACAGUGAAAGUUCCAAUAACAUGCUUGGCGAGCCGCACUGCAUUAAUAAUAUGGAAAUAUCCCACGAAGGGGAUGAUUCCGAGAGAUCGCUUUCCCUAGAAUCGAACAAUCACAGAAGUCAAAGACAGAACGAGGACAGCGAUCCGGAUCAGAAAUCUGUAUCAGAUGCUGAGCUGGCUAACUUAUUGAAAACACUCAGUUCUGAUGAGGGGUAGUUACAGCCUCAGACAUAGAUGUUCAAAUGACGUUACUUAGACUCUUAGCCACGUAAAGGUUACGUCAGUAUGCGUACAUAGCAUCAAUCGUAUUUAAAUGUUGCUGCUUAUGAUGAAAUCAUGCAGCAGGAAAUUUUCUCCAAAGAGUUCCAAUGAGACGAAAAUUACCAUAUCUUUUAUUUAUGUUCAAACUAAUAUUUGGGACACCUUGGUGUUGUUAGAAAGGCUCCUCCUUCCUUUGUCGCGUCAUACUUACAUGAUACCUCUUUUAUCAGCUUAAUAUAUUAAACUUACUUUCGGGAACAUG